AACAUUUUCGUCCUCUCGCAUCUCACCUUCUUCUCUAUCAUGGGAACACUGGCUCGCCUGGGCCUCCAGGGGCUCACAAAUUAUCCGUUGGCUCCAGUUGGAUUCGAUACCAUCUGGCCCAACUUUGCCGGGACGCUGAUUCUCGGACUGUUGUCCGAAGCGGCAGAGCUACUUCACCACCCAAAGAGUGCCAGGAGUAUAGCCAGGCCGCCGUUUCCAGAAAUGUCGCCCGUCAACCACGCGUCUGAUAGCGAAAGGUCGACAGAGUCCGGCGAGACCAAACGAGCACAGCCAGAGCCCUCGAUCCCUAUUCCGCUUCACAUUGGCCUGGCCACAGGCUUCUGCGGCUCUGUCACGACUUUUUCCUCGUUCAUGCGAGACAGCUUGCUGGCCAUCGUCGGCGGGGCCACCGUGACGCCUACAACGCCAUCGCCUGGUCAAGACUUCAUGUCUCUGGUCAGCGUCCUCAUCGUCACUCUUGCCGUGUGCAUGGCGGGUCUCAAGGCUGGAGCACAUGUAGCCAUCUUUCUGAAGAGCUUCGAUAAAAAGAUCCCCAGGCGGGUGGUGCGCAGGAUCGACUACAUUGUUGUCGUCCUUGCCAUCGGCUGCUGGGUUGGUGCCAUCAUCAUGGCCAUUCUACCACCCGACCGUCCUUCUGGGCCCGUCGGCCACAAGAUGUCUUGGGCGCAAGAGACCUGGCGCGGGGAGGCGGUCUUCGCCGUCGUCUUCGCCCCGCUGGGCUGUCUCCUGCGGUUUCUGCUGAGCACCAAGCUGAACCUCCGCAGCGUAGGGUUCCCACUCGGGACAUUCUUCGCCAACUCGCUCGGCACCCUCGUGCUGGCGGUGACCUGGGACCUCCAGCGGCUGCCGGCCCAGUGGGCAUCGACGUGGAUUGGGGGCAACUUGGUGUCGUGCCAGGUCUUGCAAGGGAUUGAUGAUGGCUUCUGCGGCUGCUUGACCACGAUCAGCACUUGGAUUCUGGAACUGAACGGGCUUCGGAGGGCGCACGCGUACACGUAUGGGUGUGUCACUCUGGGGACGGGGCUUGCCAUUGUGGUGGUGGUGAUGGGAUCGAUGAAAUGGGCAGAUGGGAUAGAACAGCCAGUCUGCACG